UCUUUGACCCGGGACACGGUAGAGCUGACAGGUGCGCACACCGCGAUGAGGCCGACACUUCUGCUGCUGGCGCUGCUGCCGCUGAUCUGCUGCGAAACGCAGCAGUCUGCCCCCACUGUUAGAGAGUAUUACAUAGCAGCUGUAGAAAUUGGUUGGGACUACAUCUACCUGGACGAUGCUGACGCAUCGUCCGACCAAAGGAGAAGAUCCAGAGAUAUUCCGCAGAAAUACAUCAAGGCAGUUUACAGGGAGUAUACAGAUUCCACAUACACUGUCCCCAAGCCAAGGCCAGCAUGGACAGGUAUUCAAGGCCCUGUGAUUGUCGCACAGGCUGGUGAGAGGGUGGUGGUCCACUUCAAAAACCUGGCCUCUCAGCCCUAUAGUAUCAGCCCAGUUGGGAUCACUUACUGGAAACAAUCUGAAGGAGCCGGGUAUGAUGACUCCACUGCAGGUCAGGAAAAGGAAGAUGACGCUGUCUCUCCAGGAGGAUACUAUGAGUACGUGUGGGACAUCAGCCCUAAAGACGGCCCCACCAUCAGUGACCCAGAUUGCCUCACCUACUCCUACUCAUCCCAGGUGGACACAGUCCGAGACCUCAACUCAGGACUCAUCGGUGCCUUGCUCAUCUGCAAAUCAAGUGCCUUCACAGACAAGGGCCAGAGGAGAAAUCCAGCAUUUGUCCUGCUGUUUGCAGUGUUUGACGAGACCAAGAGCUGGUAUGGUGAGGUAGGAGAGAGGAUGAGCAGAGAGAAGUUCAAGAGGAGCCAGGGCAGGAAGGAAUACCACACCAUCAAUGGAUAUGUCAACUCUACGUUACCCGGUUUGACGAUCUGUCAGGGCCGUAAUCAUGUGUUUUGGCAUUUGAUUGGGGUGGGCACAGCUCCAGAAAUCCACUCCAUUCAGUUUCAGGAUCACACUCUGCAGGUGCUGACGCAUCGUAAAGUCAACGUGGAAGUGACCCCUAUGACCUUCACGACUGCAGAAAUGAGACCUUCUAAUACAGGCCGCUUCCUUAUCAGCUGUCAGAUAUACGCUCACCGCCACGAUGGUAUGAACGCGUUGUUCACGGUGGAGAAAUGCCCUGACCCCGUCUCUCUGCCGGGACCUGACCUGCGUAACGUUAAACAGAAGGAUCAUGGGGACUCCAGCGAAGAGUACAAUGAUGAUGAUGAUGAUGAUGAUGAUGAUGAUGAUGAUGGUGGGAAUUUGUUCAACACCAUUAGCUUUCUGCCUAAGAAGCCCCAAGUUCAAGCAAGGGCCAGCAGAGGACAGCAGUCUAAAACCUGGAUGCAUUAUAUCGCCGCUGAGGAGGUCACCUGGGACUACACUCCUCAUCUCAAGCCCUCAGACAGUGAGCUACAGUCCGGGUAUUUGCCUGCGUCUCCCCAUCACCUGGAUUACAAGUACAAAAAGGUGGUGUAUGUAGAAUACACAGACGCAUCUUUCACUCAGAGGAGGAAAAAAUCCACCUCACCCAACUUGCUUGGUCCACUUUUGAAAGGAAAAGUCAACGAUCAGUUCCAUAUCACUUUCAGAAACCUGGCCAGUCACCCUUUCAAUAUCUACCCCAAUGGCCUUACCAAGAUCUCUCCACUGCAGAGAACCACAAACGAUGCAGAGAAGGACUUGCGCUCCAUGGGAGUACCCCCCAAUGGGACAUUUGGCUACAUUUGGAGGCUAACAACAGAUGAUGGACCCUUGGAGGGAGACCCCCAGUGUCUAACCCAGCUGUAUCAGAGCACCGUCUCACCAGAGAGGGACUUAGCAUCGGGGCUGGUGGGCACCCUGCUCAUCUGCAAGUAUGAUGCCAUCGACACCAGAGGACGCCUGCUGGGCCCAGAUAAAGAGUGGAGAUUGGUAUUCGCUGUGUUUGAUGAGAACAGAAGUUGGUACUUCAACGAGAACAUGCAGAAGUCCAGCAAAAACAUCCCCAACAUCACAGAUCCUGAAUUCUAUAACUCCAAUAUCAUCUACAGUGUGAACGGUAUCAUGUUCAGCGAACGUCAGUUUGUAAUGUGUCAAACUGACGUCACCUUCUGGCAUGUGGCCAAUGUGGGCACCCAGAGCGACUUCCUCUCUGUUUACUUCACCGGAAACCUGUUUCAGUACCAAGGCCUCUACCACUCUGUCCUCACCCUCUUCCCCAUGACUGGCAUGACCGUUCCCAUGGAGACUGAGCUGAUGGGUGAGUGGGAGAUCAGUGCCUUCGAUGGCAGCCUCAAAAGCCGGGGGAUGAGCAUCCGUUACUCAGUUCGUCCUUGCGACAAUGGAGACCUCCCAAUAGUCGAUCGAGACAGAGACGAAGAUGAUAUUUCUGACUAUAUCGAUCGGCUAGAUCAAAUACCAAGGAGCAGAAGACCUCAGAAUCGCACAGUUUUGGUUCAGGUGUGUGAGAAGUCCCUGGCUAAUAACAGUUCAGGGCAAAUCAUCACUAAUGACACAGCUGUGGGGACCGGGGCUGCUGAAGGACAGUCAAUAUGUCACCUGAAGAGAGUUACAGUAGCAUCACAAGGAGGAGCAAGUCCGAACACGGUGCCAGAGGGAGGAAUCCCACAGGAUGUCUUGGAGGAGAUAGAGAAAGAUGGGGAAUGGACAGUUUUUCAGAAUGGGACUAAAGCAGGAGACAAGAGAGGUAGCAGACAGAGAAGACAGGCAGAGGGAAACUGGACAGACGGAGACAUCAGCUCUGGAGCCUCAGAAGAUGGAGUAACUGGGAUAGAGCUUGGCAAAGAGGUUGUGGAAAAUGGGACUGACACUGCUGCAGAGGUAAAGACUGAGGACAGGAGCGAAAUGUCAAGCGAAAUGAAUGGGACAAAGGAGGAGGUUGAAAUGAGCAACGAAAUCAUACUGGACAGCAAUCCAAUCCAGAAGGUCUCAACUGUAGAACCAAGCAAUUCAGAGGAAAUGGAUGAAAACAUCAUACUGCGAAACCACUUCCAGUCUGAACCUGAGCGACUUACAGUAGAUCUGCUGGAAUUCAACUACACUGUUGAUAACAACGCAACAGAAAUGGAUCUGUCUCUACAGUAUGAUGACUACAGCCUACAGGAGAACAGCACAUUGGAUACAUUUGCCACAGAUUAUGUGAACCCACGCUCCGGAGGGAUCAGAUAUCGCACUUACUACAUUGCUGCAGAGGAGAUCACCUGGGACUACGGCAUCAGAAAGCCACAUCAGCUCAUCAAACCCAAAGAGAUGCGGCGAGGGAUGAGGAAGUUCCUGCCAGAGUACAAGAAGGUGGUGUUUCAAGCCUACAGGGGUGAACGCUUCCAACAUCCCAUAAGCAGAGGAGAGCUUGAAGAGCACCUGGGACUCAUGGGACCUGUCAUCAGAGCUGAGAUUAAUGAUCUUGUCAAUGUGGUCUUUAAAAACAAGGCGUCCAGACCUUAUUCCUUUCACCUUCAGGGAGUCUAUGACCGCAGCCAGGGGGCCGGCAUAGCCCAGACCCACGCAGCCUCUGCUCCACCUGGGGUCCCAGGAGAGCCUGUGGCUCCUGGGGAGGUGCGGACCUAUAACUGGAGAAUAACCAAGACACAAGGACCAACCGACAAUGAAUUUGACUGCAAGACUGGGGCUUACUAUUCCACCGUGGACAAGGAGAAGGACCUUCACUCAGGUCUGAUCGGUCCACUGGUGAUCUGUAAGACUGGCACCCUCCAGACUCGUCAGAACACGCAGCCAGACAUCCAGGAGUUUUCCCUGCUUUUCCACACCUUUGAUGAAACUAAAAGCUGGUACCUGGAGGAGAAUCUGCAGCGGUACUGUGCCCCACCCUGUCAGGCCAACACCGAGGACCCCUGGUACCACAUCAGCAAUAAGUUUGCAGCGAUAAAUGGUUAUGUGGCAGAGACGCUUCCUGGGCUGUUGGUUGCCCAGCACCAGCAAGUGAGGUGGCACUUGCUGAACGUAGGAAGCAAUGGAGAGUACCACGCCGUGCACUUCCAUGGAUUACCUUUCACCGUUCACACCGAAAAAGAACACCGUAUGGGGGUCUACAACCUCUUCCCUGGAGUGUUUGGCACGGUGGAGAUGAGACCUCCCACAGUUGGCACAUGGCUGGUGGAGUGCACCAUAGGAGACUACCAGCUGGCUGGAAUGAGGGCUAAACUGUUGGUGUAUAAUCCACAAUGUUUCUUGCCUCUGGGGAUGAAAUCUGGAAGAAUUGAGGAUUCCCAGAUCACAGCAUCAGAUCACAUAGAUAAGUGGGAGCCCAGGCUGGCAAGGCUGGAUCAGUCGGGUUAUAUCAAUGCCUGGAUGGGCAAAAACAAGAUGUCAUGGAUACAGGUUGACCUCCAGAGGCCCACCCUGCUCCACAGUGUGCAGACACAGGGAGUCAGGUCAAAGCUGAGGGACCACUACAUCACAGUCUUUGCCAUAUCCUACAGUCUGGACCAGGAUACUUGGACCACAUACAGAGGAAACAGCACACCAGGAAACACCAGACAGCACCAUGUGUUUCACGGAAACCUGGACAGCUCCAGGGUGAAAGAAAACCACUUUUCGCCACCGUUUGUGGCUCGCUAUGUCAGGAUACAGCCAAUAAACUAUGUGCAGAAGCCUGCUCUGCGACUGGAAUUGCUGGGCUGCGAUCUAAACAGCUGUUCACUCCCUCUCGGGCUCCAGAGGAGGCAGAUUCCUGACACCAACUUUAAGGCUUCCUCAUUUCUUUCAUCUCUACUGCGUGUCUGGAAGCCCCACCUCGCCCGGCUCCAUCAGGAAGGCAGCACCAACGCCUGGAGGCCAAUGAACAACAACCCCCACGAGUGGCUGCAGGUUGACUUGGGGAGAGUCAAACGCAUCACGGGGGUCAUAACCCAAGGAGCACGAUCGCUGUUGACCCAGAUGAUGGUGACGGAGUUCUCAGUUACCAUCAGUCAUGAUGAACACACCUGGAGCAGUGUCUUAGAGGGCAACUCCCAAAGAGAACAGAUCUUCACAGGAAACAAUGACCCAGACGAGGAAGUUGUCACGGUUUUCGAUACUCCCCUGUUCGGACGCUACCUCCGUAUCCACCCGCGGGGCUGGAUCAAUGACAUCGCCCUGCGUCUGGAGGUCCUGGGCUGUGAGACGCAGCAGGUGCUCUGACACUACUGAACAAACUCACCAACGCGCAUGCAGCACCAUUUUAGUAUCAAUGUAUGUGUGUGUGUGCGUGUAAAGUAUCUUAGUUUUGUUUUUGAGUUUGACAAGAGAAGAAAAAUGUUAAAUUGUCAUGGACAGCACUUCUUAAGCUAUAUAUAAACUGUUUGAAUUUGUAUGAGAAAGGCUAUUUCUUCUGUAGCUACAUCUUUGUUUACAUUUUCACCUUUUUGCCAGUGUGGCGUUUGAUCAUUUUAUUACUGGUCAGAAGAGAAAUCUUGUCCAAAAAGACAGGAAGUAAUUAUGUUUGAGGUCAUAAGUUAAAAUGGAUAUAAUAUGCUAAUAUUUUAAAGUAUCAGUUUUAAGAUAAACACAGCUGAGCUACACAGUAUUCGCUUUACCUUUGAAGCACACAGCUGUGCUAACUACAGAGCAAACCUUUUGAAUGUAAGCUUGUGUAAAUAUUUCAGACUCAGAAGGAUGUAUACAGUUUGACUGGUUGUUAUAUAUCAUUGGGAAAGUUUGUUUUAAUGUGUUUUUGGUUUCCUGUUUUUUGUUUUUUGCUUGAAUAGAGUUUAUAUAAACAAUGAA